CAUUCCCUUUUUUAUUUUAUGUUUUUGAUUUUCCAGCAGCCUCAGAGAGGGCGAGGGGUAGAUUUUGAGCUAGAGAGAGAGAGGGAGAGGAAGAGGAAGAGUAAAACACUUGAAUAUUUUGAGCAAUUAAGCACCUAAAGUGACCUGGAAGUAUUUUAACCAACUCAUUCUUUUGCCUCUGCAGUUCUGAAAAGUACUGGAAGGUUUAUAUGACACAGCCAACAAAUUGUAUCUCUUACUUCGAAGAAUUUCCGGAGAAGUUGAGACCAUAUAUCCAUCAUAUAAAAGAUGUACAAGCAGAUGGCAAUUGUGGUUUCAGGGCAAUAGCUGGAUUGAUUGGUUUAGGUGAAGAUGAUUGGCAACAAGUUAGGCGAGACUUAUUGACCGAGCUGCAUUCGAAUGUAGUGCACUACGUGGAACUAUUUGGUUCACAGGAAAGGGUUGAUGACCUUACCUCUAUCUUAUCCUACUUCGAACCUAGCCCUAGAUUUAAUCAAUGGAUGACUAUGCCUGACAUGGGCCAUUUGAUAGCAUCAUACUACCGAGUCGUUCUUUAUCAUUUAUCCAUGCAACAAUGCUUGACGUUUCUACCACUUAGAUCAAUACCGAUUGCAACACCUGAUCGAAGAGAUAUCUGUAUAGGAUUUGUAAAUGGAAACCAUUUUGUGCAGGUUUAUCUGCAACCUGGUCAUCCAGUACCUCCGAUAGCAAGUAAUUGGAUUCGUUUUCAUCACCCGUGUGCUAAUGGAUGGAAGAAAGCAUAUACUACCCGUAUUCACCAAUUUCGUAUGCUUGUCAACCCUAAUGUAGUAACUACUGAAACUAUCGACAUAGAUGGAUUGUGAUAACAUGUUUGAUUGAUGGAUGCAAACAAUGAUAGAUUUUAUUGAUGCUUUUAUGGAUAUUCGUACACUUGAUGUUUUUAUGAAUACUUUUAUGAAUACUUUUAUGGAU